CCAAGCCGAGGCCUAGAGCCCGGAACCGAGGGGGGCCGAAGUCGUCCGAAGUGCGGAGCCGAGUCUGCCCGAAAUGUUCCGAGGCCGCACGAGGGCUUUCGUGAGGCUCUGCGCUAGCCCUCCUCAGCGCCUAUGAGGCCGCGCGGGCCGCGGCCCCAGCCAACUGUGAGGACGACUCUCGCCGGCCUCCGACGCAGCGUGACCCGGCCAAGAGAACCUGGUGCCGCAGACUCCGUUCGCCCCCGCCUCCAGCACGAGCCGAGUCCUCCCGAGGUGGAGCCGAGCGGUGCCGAACGCUCCCGAGCCUUGAUCCUUACGAGCCUCGGCUCUCCGCCUCCUCCUGUCCGAAAGUGCCCGAGCGCUGUCGGACAGACUAAUCGGGCCUCGGCCACGGUUCGGAAGCAAUUCCCGAAACGCGGCGCCGUCGAGCCGCUUCGGGAGCAGAAGCGAAAAUGGCCGAAGGGACGCCGCUCGCGUCCGGGACCGAGAGGCUGCCGGGAUCGAGGCGGGCUCGGCGGGCGGGACGGGGCGGAGUCCGGGGGCAAGAUGGCGGCCUCGCGGCGAGGGAGAGCCUCCUCUGCGGUGCUCUCGUCCGUCCCUCUGCAGGCGCUGCUUUAUCUGAGGGGAACGUAUUUUGCCCUUUAUUUCCUGGCUACACUCCUGAUGGUCAUGUAUAAAAGUAAGUCACACUCAGAAGGCAGCUUGCAGGCACAGGUGCCCUGCCUCCUGCGACCAGCUCCACUCUGUUCUCCAGGUCAGGUUUUCACUUACCCUCACGGUUACCUGGUCCUUGACCUGGCUCUGCUGUCUCUGAUGGGGAUUCUGGAAGCAGCUCAGUUAUACCUGGGUGCCAAGGGCAACCUGCUGGAGGCUGAGGCCCCGCUGGCCGCCAGCCUGGUCCUCACGCUGGGCGACGCCCUGCUGACGGUCUACUUCCUGCUCUGGCAGACACUGGUGCUGCGGGCGGACUCGGUCCUCAGUGCCACGCUCCUGGCACUGCACAGCCUGGAGGCCGUCCUGCAGGUGGUGGCAAUCGCAGCCUUUGUCAGCUAAAUGGGCGGUGCCCAGGCCCCCAGGACAGCCCUGGACAGGCGCCUCCUCCUGAGAGCUAGACUGUCCCCCAGCCAUCACCUCCCUUGCCGCUGACCCGCUGACCUGCUGACUUUCCGUGGUGUCAGAAGCUCAGGUGGUGUGGGUAGUCUGUAGAUCUUCGGUGGAGGUGGGGCCUGGAACCAGGCAGAAGAGGGCGCUGGGGCCGGGGGCUGGGCACUGCAGGAGCUAGGAUGGGGCUGUCUCCGAGGGGAAUCACAGGGACAGGUGUGCAGCCCCCGCCUUUGGCUGGUGAGGCCCUCACUUCAGCUGCUACCCCGACCCGUGAGGACAAGGGACAGGGCCCUGCUGAAAGCAGGAAGCCAGGCUGGUGCCUCUGGGGGUCUGGCCACCUCCCUCGGGCUUGGGGUUGGAGGUCCCUGCUCUCUGGGGUCGGGCGUGGAGCUUCGGGACAGCGGUAGGGGACAGUGGCCCUCCACCAUCUGCAGGCCCGUCCUGGACCAACAGUGCACUCAGCCUUCCUUGAGAAAGUAAACAGCAGGGAGCCAGGCGGCACGAGGCCCACAAGUCCUGCCCCUUGGGGAUUCUGAAGAAAGGUGAUCUGCAAACCCCAGGGCUGAGGAGUGGGGGCUAGAGGCUGGAUGUCACACUUUGUCCCGGAAGGAUUCCAGCCAUGGGGUUGGUUUUGCGAGUGCGCUGUGAGUGCUCCGUGAAGAAAUCCAAGCGGACGUUUUCUAGUAACUUUCCUUCUUUUGAUUCAAUCGCACAUUUUCUGUGUUUAGAACAACCUUGUGUUCAAAUAUCUGGAUAUUUUCUCCUCACUAUUUUUUUUUUAAAUAAAUGUUUAUAUUUCCCUGAAUUUCUCCUAAUUAAAGCCACCUACCUCCGCCAGCGUUCUCCAGGGUUCUCCCCCGGUGCUGGAGCGCAGGCCCCGCCCCCACCUCCCCCAGCAGCCUUUGCGCAGCACUUCCUAGUCCUGGGUCCUGGCCCUCCACAGGGGGCCACACUCUGUCUGCCUUGUUCUUUUUAUUUUUUUAUUUUAUUUUUUUUAAUAUACAAGAGCCAAAAACA